CUCAGGACGGGUCGGGCGGGGCUUUUCUGCCGAGGCGGGAACCCAAAUGUCGUUUUGAUUGGCAAGAUUUGGGCCCAGGGGCGAGAUUCAUUCUGACUGGUCAAGCUACUGAGUUUCCGCGCGGGAUUGGCUUGCAGAAAGACAAAGGCGGGAUCAGGAGAGGAAGCUUUUGUAGUCGACGCUCAGAAACCUACGCGGCGGCGCUUGCUGGAGCUGCGGCUCUGUUGCUCUACCUCGGCAUCUCUCCAUGGCAGUUCCCGAGACCCGCCCCAACCACACUAUUUAUAUCAACAAUCUCAACGAGAAGAUCAAGAAGGAUGAGCUGAAGAAGUCCCUCUAUGCCAUCUUCUCCCAGUUUGGCCAGAUCCUGGAUAUCCUGGUUUCCCGAAGCCUGAAGAUGAGGGGCCAGGCCUUUGUCAUCUUCAAGGAGGUCAGCAGUGCCACCAACGCCCUGCGCUCCAUGCAGGGUUUCCCCUUCUACGACAAGCCCAUGCGCAUUCAGUAUGCAAAGACUGACUCGGAUAUCAUUGCUAAGAUGAAGGGUACCUUUGUGGAGCGGGACCGCAAGCGGGAGAAGAGGAAGCCCAAGAGCCAGGAAACCCCAGCAGCCAAGAAGGCCGUGCAGGGUGGGGCAGCCACCCCUGUGGUGGGGGCUGUCCAGGGGCCCGUUCCGGGCAUGCCCCCGAUGACCCAGGCACCCCGCAUCAUGCACCACAUGCCCGGCCAGCCUCCCUACAUGCCGCCUCCGGGCAUGAUCCCGCCCCCAGGCCUGGCUCCCGGCCAGAUCCCACCAGGGGCCCUGCCCCCACAGCAGCUUAUGCCGGGCCAGAUGCCGCCUGCCCAGCCUCUUUCAGAAAAUCCACCAAAUCACAUCUUAUUCCUCACCAACUUGCCCGAGGAGACCAACGAGCUCAUGCUGUCCAUGCUUUUCAACCAGUUCCCUGGCUUCAAGGAGGUCCGACUGGUCCCUGGGCGGCACGACAUUGCCUUUGUGGAGUUUGACAAUGAGGUCCAGGCAGGGGCCGCUCGGGACGCACUGCAGGGUUUCAAGAUCACCCAGAACAAUGCCAUGAAGAUCUCCUUUGCCAAGAAGUAGCACCUUUUCCCCCUGCCUGCCCCUGCCCCCUGUUCUGGGGCCACCCCUUCCCCCCUUGGCUCAGCCCCCUGAAGGUAAGUCCCCCUUGGGGGCCUUCUCAGAGCCGUGUGUGAGUGAGUGGUCGCCACACAGCAUUGUACCCAGAGUCUGUCCCCAGACAUUGCACCUGGCGCUGUUAGGCCGGAAUUAAAGUGGUUUUUUUGAGGUUCGGUUUUUCACAA